UCCUUCUUUUCACCUGACUUCUCUGUCCCCCAACACUUUACUCACAUCAUCUUACCUUUGCUUUCCCAUAAAUAAACAUCAAUGCCCACCAUCCUACUGUCUCUCCCUCUCCCUUUUUCUCCUUUUACCCUUCCUUUAUUUUUAUACCUUGUUCAAUACAAUUUUUCUUUACUUAUAGAACAUAAAGAACUAGUACUAGCUUUCAUUAAUUUUACCCUCUAUUAGUGCUUUAAGAACAUAAAUAAAAGGACACACAAGCUUCUUUUGUCUUCUCAUAACCAACCAUUCCAAAGAAGAAACAAUGGAAAAACAUGUCUCCAAUUUCCAAAGCAGUUUAUAGUUGAUCUCAGAAGCAAGCAACCAUCAGUUUGAACUUGAAACUUAAGAGAGGGUAUGUAACACUCUUUAUUUUCAACCUGUUCUAAACUUCUGACUGUGUUCUUUCUUGGUUUCUAGAACCAAGCAUCUUUUUCACUGCUGGACAUAUUUAGUGAAUUAGCUUUAAUUAAUCAUGAAACCAAUUUUUGAUCUUGAAGUAGAGGCCACAGAAGAAUAUGAAUCUGAUGUUAGUAGCCAUGUUGCUUCCACUAUAUCCACCCACCAAAUUGAAACCUCUACAGGUUCCUAUAGUAACAGCCUUUCCAAUUCAGAUUCCAUCUCACUGGACUUAACACUCAAUUUCAACAACAAUGACUUGGUUGUUCGAGAUUCAACAGGAAUCUCAUUCUCAAGCACCAGUGAGAGCAGCAAUGAACUUACCAUCCAAAGAGUUUUCUCUUGCAAUUACUGUCGGCGCAAAUUUUACAGCUCUCAGGCACUUGGUGGUCAUCAAAAUGCACACAAGAGAGAAAGAACAUUAGCAAAGCGAGCUAUGCGAAUUGGACUAUUCACUGAGAGGUAUGCAUGUCUUGCAUCUCUGCCUCUCAAUGGUUCUUUCAGGGCAUUAGGUAUAAAGACACACUCUUCACUACACCAUGGUUUUUCGCCGCCAACAAUAAGGCCUAGUCCUGAGAUAAAAAGCAAUGUAAGAUUCAAACAAGGAUCUAUCGGUCAUCCGAUAUUCUUGGAGGACGAUGAGACAGAACUGAUGUGGCAAGGUAGUUUCCAUCAGGUUACUAAGGGAGGUAGUAAUACUCAUCAGAGUUCAAAUAUGUGUUUUAGUGAGGUGAAUGUGAAACCAUUGGUUGACAUUGAGAAUUCAGCACCUGAAUUAACAUUGAAACUUUGAAAGGGUUAAUGCUAUUAUUACAAAUCUAUGCUUUGAUAUUUUACUCUAUUUUUCUUGUUCUAUAAGAGCUCUAGGAAGACAAAUUUAGAGCAUCUAUGUAUGUCUACUAUAUAUAUAAAUCAUGUUUGUAAUUACUCUACACAACUUCCACCAUGUUUUUGUGUAUCAUCAUCUGUUUCUAUUUUGGGUUA